CGCGUGCGAUCACGUGUCAACCACUGCGAUUCGCUGAAGUUGUAGAAAAGUUUGACAAGACCGAGGUGCCACGGAAGAGCUGUAAAAACCCAAAGGAGAAGUAACGGUUUGAUCUGUUUGGUGUUUUCUGUGGGGAAACGAUGGAAUCUGUCGCCCAGAAAGUCCUGGCCUCUGGCUUCACUCUCGACUUGGGACCCUUGAAGGAGCCUUUGGCGUUUAUUCGAUUGUUAGAAUGGCUGUUCUCCAUAUUUGCUUUUGCUACAACUGGAGGAUACAGUGGAUCAGCCAGCAUCAAUGUCCAUUGCCAAGGAAGACCCAGUGAAGAAAUCCAUGCAGACUUUAAUUAUCCUUUCAGGUUAAUGCAGCAUCCCUACAAUGUUCCAGACUGCAAAGUCAACCAAACCACCACCUCUGCCUUCUACCUGAUUGGAGACCAUUCAUCCUCUGCCCAGUUUUAUGUCUGUAUUGGAGUGUUGGCUUUCCUCUACAGCACUGCCACACUAGUCCUCUAUUUGGGCUACCAGCACCUGUACAGAGAGUCUAGCCGUGGUCCUGUCGUGGACCUGCUGGUGACUGCAGCCUUGGCUUUCCUGUGGUUGGUAUCAUCCUCUGCAUGGGCCAAAGGCUUGACUGACGUGAAAUGGGCAACCAGUCCUUUGACAAUUGUUACUUUACUCGAUGUUUGCAAGCCAGGCAACAUUUGCACCCCAGGAGCUAUCCCUCAUAUGGGCAAAUUAAAUGCCUCUGUUAUAUUUGGUUUCCUUAACCUCAUCCUGUGGGGAGGCAACUGCUGGUUUAUUUUCAAAGAAACACCAUUCCAUAAAUCAGCCAACCAACCUGCUAAUGUGGAGGGGGGAGUUACACCAUCAUAACUGCACAGCUUCCUCUUUACAAGAUCGUAUUAUUAAAUGAGUGAUUUUGGUAAUGACUGUAAAGGAAAAAAAAAAAAAAGUUAUGGGACAAUAUAAUUUCUAAAACUCAUAUUUUUUCUUUUAUCUGGACUAAAACUUUAAGACAAAUUCAAUUUUUGUUUCAGUAAUAAUAAACAACAAUUGUUGUUCUGCCAAAAAAUAUUAGAAAUUGAAGCUUGAUGCCCUGUUUAGUUUUGUAGAAUUUAUUUAAAUUUUAUUGAAAGGAUACCCCAUGAGAUUUCAUCUUUCGAGUGUGUCCUGAAGACACAAAUACAAAAAUGACUAAAUGUGCUUUGAUGUAUUUGCAGGCAUCUGUAAUGAAGUGCCUUAUUUUUUUCUACUGGGGAUUUUUGUGUAUCUGCACAAUACAUCAUUUCUACCAUUAGCAGGAUCUGUUACUUGUAUGAAGAUGCCUAAUUCCUGUCCAAUACUGGACUGACUUUACCACAGCGAUUGACAGAUUUUAGACCAUAUUUAAAGUAUACAAAAUUUAUCUGCCAACAUGAGAUUAUUUAAAAAGGUUGAAAGCAAAGUUAUUUCAUCUUCAUUGGGUUAGGUCUCAUCUCAUUAUGUUACAGCGAUACUUGUAGUUAAGAGCUGAAUGUUAGGUUUAAUCCGGUGUUUCAUUUCUAUUUGAUGCAUGUUAACCUUUCUAAAUAGAACUUGAAGACAUUUUCUGAUUUUGGUUAUAUGUUUUUUUUUUUUUUUUUUUUUUUUUUGUAUCUUAAGACAAGGCUUUAUUGUACUUUUUUCCUCUGUAUUGUAUAAUCUUAGGUUGUUAUUGGGUACAGUUAAAUUUACUUUUUUUUCCCUCCCCUUUCUAAAACAGAUUAUCAAUCUCUGUUGCUCCUUGCUCUGCGUUCUUUACACCAUCCUUUUGCCAGGCUUCUACCUCCUCUUUGCAUAUGGAAAUUUUUCCACCUGGACAAGUGUCAUUGAGACUCCCCCUACCUUCCUCUUUUUUUUUUUUUUUUUAAACCAGCAUCCAUCAGUGCAAGUUGCUCCUAGUCUUCUGCCUUUCUUCUCAUUUCCCUCUUUAUAUAUCUUUGAUUCUUACAGUUUCCUGAUCCAUUGCUGUUAGAUUGCUCUGGAUUUCCUGUUACAAUCCAAAAAUGCUGUGCAUCAUUAAAGAAAAAGGAGAGCUGUUGUA